AUGAGACUUGGAGACUUGGAGUGGAAAGUGGAAGACAGUACUUCAGCUAAAACAUCAGCAGAGAACAACAAUUUGCGUCGUGGAUUCGCAGUUCGCACUUCGCACCAUUCAGUGGUACUAGUGAUGUUUCUAGUGCGAAAACUAACUGCUCGUAACCCUACUGGCAACGGCCGUUUCUUUUGUGCACCUCCAUCCUCCACACCGUUACCCAACUACAACACCACCAACAACACUACUACUACCAACAACAAACUAUUUGUUGGAGGUCUGUCAUGGGGAGUAGAUCAGAUAUCAUUGACCGAUGCUUUCUCUUCUUUUGGAAAUGUUACAGAAGUGAGGAUUAUCUAUGACAAGGAUUCUGGAAGGUCAAGGGGAUUUGGUUUUGUUCACUUUUCAACAAACAAUGAUGAUAGAUCUGCCAAAGAUGCCAUGGAUGGAAAGGCAUUUUUGGGUCGACCACUACGCAUAAGUUUUGCUCUUGAGAAGGUUCGUGGUGGACCUGUGGUAGUCCCUCGCCUUUCUAAUGUAACAGAUGUUAGUCGCCGAAAUAAUUGAAAUCAACCCGGUAAUACUUGUAUUUUUCAGCUUUCUCUCUUUUAUUAGCUUUUGUGGUGAUUAAUGAAUGAUUGAAUAAUAGCUGUACUUCAACUUUAUGUGUAUGUUUUUCUUUUCCAAUAAAAUCUUAGGUGCAUGGUUACGAUGUAUCUCAAAUAGACUU